AUGCUGGUUUUCCAUCUUCCCUCUGAUCCUUCUGUAUUUCUUUUCUAUUCAUGCUGGCUUUUCUCUCUUCUUUCCACAGUCCUUCUGUGUCCUUUUCUCUUCAUGAUGGCUUUUUUUCUCUUCCCUCUGAUCCUUCUAUCUUUUCUAUUCAUGCUGGUUUUCCAUCUUCCCUCUGAUCCUUCUGUGUUCUUUUCUAUUCAUCCUGGCUUUUCUCUUCUUUUCUCCUUCUGUGUCUUUUUCUUGAUGAUGGCUUUUUCUCUUCCCUCUGAUCCCCUUUCUUUUUCUAUUUCUGUCCUUCUUCUUUUUCUAUUCAUUCUGAUGUCUUUUUCUGUUUCAUCCUUCUAUCUUUUCUAUUCAUACAGUUUUCAUCUUCCUCUGAUCCUUCUGUUUUCCAUCUUUCUCUCUUCUCUGAUCCUUCUGUGUUCUGAUCCUUUUCUAUUCAUCCUUCUGUGUUCUUUUCUAUUCUCUUUUUCUCUCUUCUUUCUGAUCCUUCUGAUCUUUUUCUUCAUGAUGGCUUUUUCUCUUUCUUUCCUUCUAUUCUCUUUUCUAUUCAUGCUGGUUUUCCAUCUUCCCUCUGAUCCUUCUGUGAUUCUUUUCUAUUCAUGCUGGCUUUUCUCUCUUCUUUCUGAUCCUUCUGUCUCUUUUCCUUCAUGA